GUUAGUCGCUUUUAAACUAGUGCACUGUGUUUUUUCACGUUCGUCUUGCAUUAUUAUUCAAGUAUAGUUUCAAGUAAUAUCGAUCGUCUAUAUUCGUUUUACAUUUCAUUUUACUAUUUCGCAAUAUUUCUGUUCAUCCAGUGUAACAACAAAAGUGAUAAUUUCCAAAAAAACAUAAAUAAGCGAAUAAACAGAUUUCUUUCGACGAGUAUUACAUAGGAGCAAAAAAAAAUACAACGAAAGUACAUCAGAACAACAUAACAUCUUGAAAAUGGCACUUCCAGUAGUCCAAUUGCUAAAGUAUUUCGCAGCAUUUAUUUUCUUYCUUCAUUAUUGUACGGCAAAUGAAACGAAAGAAUUGAAAAUCCGUACGAUGCCAGUUUAUGCAAUGCUAGCAAACGCAGAAAUUUUAAAUUCAACUCAAUGUAGAAAGGAACUGAUUGAAUUUCGAGCAGCCAUUGAUCAUCAGUUAUUAUGGAGCUUAAAAGUAAUCGAUGCAAGCGGUGAACCUAAAUCAGGAUUCAUCUAUGGAAAUAAUUAUUGGUUGGGUAGCAGAAGCCAAUGCGAAGACGCAAAAAACGGGGAUCUCCUCGUAUUAUCAGAAAAGUUAAUACAAAACAAUUCGAGAUAUCGUAAUAUCAAGGAUGAAUUGCCACCUUUUGAAGUGAGAUUCUUCGUUGCUAAUUUUCGACAUAAUAGCACUUUACAAAACCACGUUGGAAUACCCAAGGAAGAUAUGAUAAUACUUGGUAUGUGCUUACCAUCAUCCUGUUCCAAGGAUCAACUUGCUAUUCUUUUAGAAAAUGUAUUCAGAAAGAGAAUUAUUUUUAAAGGCGAACUAUAUUCAGCUGAUUUUACGUUAGUUGAAGUAAGAGAUCUAAUCGAUGACCAUCGAUGGUUAUUAGGUGGAACAUUUAUAACAAUGAUGCUAAUAGUCGUACUCACAUUCCUUUUAAUAAUAAUAGGAACGGCCUACGAUGUCUUGAUAUACCAAAAACGUUUGAAGAAAAAUGACAAUUGUCCUCAAGACCGUGAAAAUGUUAAUUCUCUAACGAUAG